CCGACGCCCUGGCAUAGGCCCCGCAGAGUUUGUUUACCUGAGCAACCAGCGCUUGAAUUACGCAGUAAUUGCACAACGACAGCGCUCUCUACCACUCUUUGAACCGAUCUUCUUGACUCCUUUGCUCCAGUUUCAUGUGCAUUCGAUACCCACAGGAACUAGCUGUUAUACCAAAGGUAGCUUGUCUAUUAUGUGUUAGCGCCCCGUCCUGAUUUGCGGACGGGCGCAAAAGAGCAACAGUCGGCAUAUUUGCCAUCAUGUCGCAAGACACCAGUCUUUGGAGUAUUCGAAGACCGAGGGAGACCCUAGGAGGACUGAACGUCAACUCGGGCAUCCCGCAACCCACCUCCGCCAUGAAGCGAUCCAGCACCAUCGGCAGCGCCAGCCAUGGCCGCUCCGUGUCCGGGCCGCGGCAUUCACUCGCCAUGUCCAUGUCACGUCCUAGCCAGCCAAUGUUCCAAAGAUCCUCAACCGGCGGCAACCUGGCUGAUAUCGGCCUGUCGUCGGUCAAGCGCACCUCCGUGUCAGCCUACAACACCACUACUACUCCUGCACAUCGACCAUAUCACACCCCCGGCCCGUCUACCGACGCAGAUCGCCGUAGCAGCGUAUACCGCGCCCGCCCGUCGACGACCCCAGGUCCUAUGGGUGGUCAUCAGAGCUUCUUCCAACAGGCGCCGCAGGCAGCCGGCGUUCCGCGAGACCCUCGCCCGCUCAAGGACAGGUCGUACCAAAACCGUCUUGGCCAGGAGCUGCUCGAGUACCUGGCGGCACAUAACUUUGAGAUGGAGAUGAACCACAAACUAUCCGACAAUUUCACGAAGUCGCCGACGCAAAAGGACUUCAACUACCUGUUCCAGUGGCUCUACCAUCGCAUCGACCCGAGCUACCGCUUUCAGAAGAAUAUUGAGCAGGAGGUGCCGCCGCUUCUUAAACAGUUACGGUACCCCUACGAGAGGAGCAUUACCAAAAGCCAGAUUGCUGCGGUGGGAGGCCAGAAUUGGAGCACAUUUCUCGGACUGUUGCACUGGAUGAUGCAGCUAGCGCAAAUGCUAGAGGGAUAUGCGUGCAAUCAGUACGAUGAUGCGUGCUUGGAGGCAGGCGUCGAUGUCGCGGGUGAUAACAUCAUCUUUGAUUUCUUAACGAGCGCCUACCAAGACUGGCUCAACAUGGACGACGAGGCUGGGGACGAGGACGUCGAGAAGGUGCUGGCGCCGCAUGUCCAAUCCAUGGCCCGCGCUUUUGAGCAGUCCAACGCAAAAUACGUCCAGGAAUUGGAGAUGCUGGAGGGUGAGCAUGCGCGGCUGCUCAAGGAGAUAGAAGACCUUGAGAAAUCGACCCCCGACCCGGCCGUGCUUGAUAGCCAUUUCAAGAUUAUGGAGGAGGAUAAGGUCAAGUUUGAGGAGUACAAUACGCUGGCUUUGCAGCGUUCAGAAAAGUAUGAGGGCCGUAUUCAAGUGCUUCAGGAGGAGCUCGACAAGCUGCAAGCCGAGCUCAAGGAGGCCGAGGAUGAACGACGACGGCUCCAAAAGGCUGUAGACGACCAAGGGAUCAGCAUGCAGGAUAUCGACCGCAUGACUUCCGAACGGGAACGUCUUCAGAAGAGCAUCGAGUCGGCGGGCCAACGGUUGGAAGACGUCAAGCGGAAGGUGGCUGAGAAGGAAAUGGAAGCCAGCCAACGGCUGGACGAACUCGAGCGCAUGGUUGACCGGUACAACACGGUGGCGUACCAGAUCGGCCUAAUACCCUCAACAGCGGUCAAUGCAAAGGGGAAGGACUACGAACUCCAGGUCACGGUGAACGAAGGUCCGAACUUUGGCUCGUCGCAACUGCAGGGGUCGUACGGGCAAAGCGUCUCGGAAAGCGACAGGCUCCUGGCUGAUCCUGUGACGGGUUAUCAGCCGGCGCACAUCCUCAACCUGGACCUCCGGGGGCAGGUUAAGAACAGCUUCCUGGCUCUCCGCAAGGAGAUCUCGGAACGGCGCAAGGCAGCACUGGACAUGAUGAUGGAGGACCACGACCUGCUGGACCGGGCUAAAGAGGCCAUUGAGGACAAGCGCAACGAGGUCGAGGCGCUCGAGCACCGCGUGCGCGCCGCCGAGGCGGAGUACGAGACGACGAAGGAGGUGACGAUGGCGCAGAAGCUGGCGUCGGACGCGCAGAUUGAAAAGAUGGAGAAGGAGCUCGCCAAGAUGCGAGCACAGCUGACUGAAUCGGUGCAGCUGAUGGAGCAGAGGGAGAUGAAUACCAAUAUUGAGUAUGAACAACUGACACUCAAGGCGAAUGCUCUGCGAGAAGAGUUACACACUGAGACGAUGCGGAUGCUCAACGACGUCAUCAAGUUCAAGAUGCACAUCCAGAAGAACCUGGAGGAUUAUGAGAGUUUUGUAGCCGAUGAGCUGGAGAAGGAACUGGGUAGUGAUGAGAUGAGGGAUGAUACCCAAGCCAUGGAUAUGUAAAUGUUUGAUACUCUGUAUGACUGCACUCUGUUAUGUUUAGAAUGACGACGGAAUGGACCUGAUGGAUGAUUGAGAUCACGAGUCUGGUCAAUUUGUAUGAUGGCAUCCUGUUCUAACUCGGCCGGUGCAUCUACGAGUGAAUACCCAGUCAGGCUCGAAGUAUUAGUGUUUGGUUUUGUUCUGA